AUAUAACCGAUUAAAUGUGUAUAAACUCAAUCACAUCAAAACCCAAAGCAAAACCAAAAACCUGAAAAAGAGAGUAGGAAGAAAAAUGGCGACAAUCCCUUCUUCGAAGAGAUGGCUUCCUCUUGAAGCAAACCCUGAUGUUAUGAACCAGUUUAUUUGGGGACUUGGUGUUUCCCCAGAUGAGGCAGAGUGCUUUGAUGUUUAUGGACUUGAUGAUGAGCUCUUGGCAAUGGUUCCACAGCCGGUGCUCGCUGUGUUGUUUCUCUACCCCAUAACUCCGAAGAGUGAGGAAGAGAGGAUUCAACAAGAUAGUUCGACAAAGGUUUCUAGUGGUGGACCUUACUUCAUGAAGCAAACUGUGGGAAAUGCCUGUGGAACUGUUGGACUUCUUCAUGCUGUUGGUAAUGUAACUUCUGAGAUCAAACUUGUCGAGGGGUCUUACCUGGACAAAUUCUUCAAGGACACUGCAAAUAUGGAUGCGUCACAGCGUGCGAAAUUCCUCGAAAGUGAUAGAGAAAUGGAAGAUGCUCAUUCAGUUGCAGCAACUGCUGGUGAAACUGAGGCAUCAGAUAAUGUUGACACCCAUUUCAUCUGCUUUACAUGUGUGAACGGACAACUGUAUGAGCUAGAUGGAAGGAGGGCUGGGCCUGUUUCACACGGUGCAUCUUCGAGUAACACCAUAUUACAGGAUGCUGCUAAAGUCAUUCAAAUGUUUAUCCAGAAAAACCCUGAUUCGAUUAACUUCAAUGUUAUUGCUAUUUCGAAGAAAACUGGAGCAUAGAGUUGAGAUGCGUCAAAGAGUGAUGUGAUAUUGAGGAAUAUCAACUUUUGUCUAGUUUUAGUUUUAUAAUUUAUGAGUCUCUUGAUAUAUUCCACUUUUUGCAAAACUUUCUGUUUCUAAAAAAGCAAGAUUAUUCUGCGCGUGGAGGUUUCA